AUGCGUUCCACGACGCCCGACGGCGAGCGUGUUGCCUUCCUCAACGGCGGCAUUGCGUCGCCGCCACCGUUUUCCUUGGAUGACGAUCCCGACCCGGACAUCAUCGGCACCAUCGAAAGUACCGAUGCCCAUGACGCCCGCCAUGGGCUCCUCAGCAAGGCAGAUAUCCGGCCCUACCGGCCGGCCAGCCGGUGGCGGGUGUGCUGUGGAGGACGCUUGCGCCUCUCGCGCCGGGGCCCCAAACGGCGGCUCUUGGGGCUGGUGCUAAAGUACCUGUUCGGGACCGUCUUUGCUCUCCUGGUUUUGACGCCCCUCCUCGCGCCGUCGUACCUCCACCCACCUGCGCACUAUACACGCCUGGUCGCCCAGUGCGAGGCCCAGUUCAGCGGACCUGAAGAGGGCCUCGACCGGAUACAUGGGUGUGCCAACCCGCAUCGCGAAAAGGUCUUUAUCAGCGUCAGCCUGUACGACAAGGAGGGCCACUUGGCUGCCGGGGCAUGGGGCCAGGCCCUAGUUGAGCUUGUGCGCUUACUUGGGCCCAGGAACACCUAUGUGAGCAUCUAUGGGAAUGGCAGUGGCCGCCACGGCGCCUCGGCCCUCGAGCACCUGCGCCGCCUGCUGCCAUGCCGCAAUACGGUCGUCUACGACGAGCAUGUGCCCCUCGACCGCUUUGCCAACAUCACGAUGCCCGACGGCAAUGUGCGCACAAAACGGCUAGCCUACCUCUCCGAGAUGCGCAACCGCGCGCUGCGCCCGCUCGACACGCUCGGGGGCGUCGAGGGCAUUGUCUUUGACAAGGUCCUGUUUCUCAACGACGUCGCGUUCCGCCCCAUCGACGCCGCCCAGCUGCUCUUCAGCACCAACCAGGACGCCGAGGGCCACGCGCAGUACCUGUCCGCCUGCGCGCUCGACUACAAGAACCCUCUUUUGUUUUACGACCUGUACGCCCAGCGCGACGCCGAGGGCUUCUCCAACGGCCUGCCCCUCUUUCCCAUCUUCAGUCGCGCUGGCAAGGGCCUCUCGCGCGCUGACAUGCUCGCCCAGACUGACGCCGUUCGUGUCCAGUCCUGCUGGGGCGGCAUGGUCGCUAUGCAGGCCGCGUACCUGCAGCACCGUAACGAUUCGCUGCCGCGCCCCGAUUUCCAUAAACCCGGCAGCCACGUCAUCGACCCGAUACAUCCGACGGGCAUUGUAGCGCCCGUCCGGUUCCGCUACGAGCCCGAGAUCUUCUUUGACGCCUGCGAGUGCUGCCUGUUGCAUGCCGACGUGUCCCAGGCCGCCCGCGUCGCCACAGAGCCCGCUUUCCAGUCUCUGAGUAAAGGUGUCUUUGUCAACCCAUACGUUCGCGUCGCGUACGACUGGACCACGCUCGACCGUCUGCGCAUCGUCCAGCGCUGGGAGCGUCUCUUUGCCCUCCCCCAGGCGAUCAUCUCGUACUUUGCCUCGCUGCCCACGCACAACCCGCACCGUCUCGUCAAGGAGGGCGACGCCUUUAUCGAAGAGGUCUGGAGCAACACAGCCAAUGCCUGGACGCUCGAGUCGCGUACUGGCCGCAACGGCAUGUUCUGCGGUGUGCGCGAGAUGCAGCUGCUGGACACAGCCCCGCGCCAGGGCGACAAGAACUGGGCCAAUGUGCACAUUCCCACGGGCCAGGCACUCGACUUUCCGAGUUGA